AUGGUGAAGUACAUCAUUGCCAAGUAUAACGCCGACAAGUCCAAAGUCUUCAUGACCGGCAGGUCAUCGGGGUCAAUGAUGACCAACGUGAUGGCGGCCGCAUAUCCCGAGAUCUUCGUCGCUGGUGCGCAAGGGAAGAUCAUUAAGACCGGAGCUGAGUGGGCUGCCAUUGCUAGGGACAUGUAUCCCGGCUACACCGGAGCGUAUCCAAGAAUGCAAUUUUGGCACGGGACUGUCCACGGUAUCCUCAACUACCAAAAUUUACAUCAAGAGGUAAAGCAGUGGACGACUGUCUGGGGUGUUGCGGAUGUGCAGCCGGUGACAUCGACUGAUUCGCCCGAGGCUGGAUAUACGAGGGUGAACUAUGGUGAUAAAGUAGAGAGCGUCAGUGCUGAUAAUAUUGGCCAUGAUAUACCGGUAAAUGAGGAGGAGUCGCUGAAGCGGUUCGGGAUCUAA